AUCAGCGAACGAGUAUCAACUAACUUCCUUUUUAAAAAUGGCUUUUCGGAAAGUGCAAUAUUUCUCCAAAACAUUUGCUGCUUGUGAAUUAAAGAGGUGUUUAUCUCAGGAAGCAAUCAGAAAUGGAUUUGCUGGUAUGGUUGGUCGAACACCUUUAGUACGUCUCAAUAAGUUUAGUGCAGAAACUGGAUGUGAAAUCCUUGCCAAGGCUGAGUUUGCAAAUGGUGGUGGCUCUGUGAAAGACAGGGCAGCUUUGUACCUUAUUCAACAGGCCCAGAAAGAUGGUCAGCUGAAGCCAGGUGGCACUGUAGUAGAAGGAACAGCAGGAAACACAGGGAUAGGAUUGGCUCAUAUCUGCCGUGCAUUAGGCUACAAAUGUGUCAUAUACAUGCCUAACAACCAAUCUCAGGAGAAGAUUGAUUUGCUGAAGGUCCUAGGAGCAGAUGUAAGACCAGUGCCACCUUGUCCAUUCACAGACCCAAAUAACUAUAACCACCAAGCUGCCAGGUUUGCUGCAAGUAUAGAGAAUGCUGUUUGGACCAAUCAGUUUGAUAACACUGCUAAUAGACUGGCCCAUAUAGAGAUGACAGGACCAGAGAUAUGGCAAGACACAAAUGGUAAAGUUGAUGCAGUUACAUUUGGCACAGGGACGGGUGGUACCCUUGCAGGUGUUGGCACAUACCUAAAGGAGAAAAAUAAAAAUGUACAAGUCGUUCUUGCUGAUCCUGAGGGAAGUGUUUUAUAUAAUUUCAUCAAGAAUGGCAAGCUAGAGAGGACAGAUGGCUCAUCUAUAACAGAGGGCAUAGGUCAAGGUCGGGUCACCAAGAAUCUAGAAGGUGCCCCUAUAGAUGACGCCCUUGCUAUACGAGAUACAGAUGCAGUAGAAAAUACAUUCAGGCUACUUUAUGAGGAAGGCUUUUUCUGUGGGGCCUCUACUGGACUGAACAUUACAGCUGCAGUUCAGACUGCCCGCCUACUUGGCCCCGGUCACACUGUUGUCACAUGUAUGUGUGAUGUUGGACAGCGUUAUUAUGCAAAACUAUUUAGCAAAGACUUUUUAGAAUCGAAAGGUCUACUAGAAGCUGUGCCUGAACAAUAUAGAGCCAAUCUACAUUAAUGCAAUAUGGAAUAAUAGAUGAUAAAUAUAGAAAGGAAUAUUAGUAUAUGUACACUACAGUGUAUUAGAACUAUAUUUAAUUAAAGACAUCAGUGAACUUUAUGAAGUUCUAACAUGAAAAAAUUAUAAAAUUAUUUAUUUUUAUACAAAAAUUGCACACUGAUUUACAUGUUCAUUGAUAUCGUUGUAUUUGUUGAACUACAACUCAGGACUGGUUGACAUAUCAUCCUUGGAGAAACAUUGUUUCUUGUUGCAGGAAGGUUUCCCAAUUUUGAAAUAAAAAAAAUAACUCGAUUCUCAGGUCAAUGAAAAUCACGUGUGUAGCACCAUAAUUUAGAAUAAAAGUAUAGUACUAUUCCAAUUUUAUUAAAAUGUAAUUUUUAAAAAUUAACUGGAAAUAACCCUAGCUGGCCAACUAUUGAUACCAUGGCAACCAAAAACAAAAGCAUUUGUCCUUUCCUUUCAAGGUAGAUUUUUAGAUAUAAAAAAUGUGAUAACCUUUUUAAGUAAAUUACAAUAAAAGUUCAAUAAGAUAUCUAUCACUGAACAUAUUUAUGUUUAUCUUUAUGUAGGUCUGAGUCGUGAAAGAUUCAUCAUAAAGCCCGUGGAUCCAUGUAAAACGUUAUGAUUGGCUUUCUUUUGAAACCUCAUGAAAUCAUUAAAUUAAUGGGUAUGUUUUAUAUGAAUAUG